AUGUGUCUUUUACAGAUGUUUUGGGCAGUUUGUUGUGUCAUGUUGGCCGUGGGCAGUGUAUGCACAAGUGCGGCGCCUAGGAGCGAAAUUUCACACCCUAUCGACUGGACCCAACUGGAAUCAGCACCCGAUGAUGAAAGCGUUGAUUAUGCUGUAUCACCUGGACGCUAUCCAUCCGCCCCCUGGCUCUACCUUCUAGCAGAGGCACCACGUGAUUCACAGUGUGUGAAGGUGAAUAAUGGAAUGUCGCGGUCUCGGCGCACGGUGUACAUUUCUGUGAACCCCGCUGUGGAAUUGCUCCAACGUGGGGCAUACAACAACUACAUGGAACGGCAGGUGCAUGCUAAUCGGGACUUUUUGAACUGCAUCGGGAAAAGGGCUAACAGACUUAGUUAUUAUACACGAGUCAGAAAGUUGGUUCUAAUGAGUGUGAAUGGAAAGGGCGAUGGCAGAGUGAAACGACGGAUGCCAUCCCUCUCCAUCGACCUGCCAAUGUCUGUUCUGCGGCAAAAGCUGAGCCUCGAGAAGGAAAGAAAAUUCCAGGCUAUUCGGGCGGCAGCCAACAGGGACUACCUUAACGACAUCGGAAAACGAGGAAAAGGGAGAUUUGACAAUGCCCUACUGGCUAGCUUCUCUUCUCUGCCACAUCGCGUGCCUGAUAGGCCACUAUGGGGUUCCUAUGUAUUCAAAAUAUUAUUGCAGAGGCUGAUUCGAGACUUUAACGUUCGACCGAAACGCAAAAUGCCCUCGCUGUCCAUCAACAACCCCAUGGAGGUGUUGCGUCAGAGACUGCUGCUAGAAGUUGCCAGGAAGCAGAUGCGCGAAGCAAACCAGAGACAAGCGGUGGCAAACAGAGUGUUCUUGCAGAAUGUUGGAAAACGAGGUUUGUAA